AACAGAUUUUCUUUAGCUUUAAUUUCAAGCAGGCUGAGCAGUGUAGACAGCUGCCAGCUUGGGGGCAAAAACACAAAGAUAUAUACAAAUGACUGGUCUGAACAAAUCUGACUCGAAUCUCAGGUAUCUGACUGCAGCUGUAUCUGUGGUCUGGUGUUAUGGGGUUUUCGUGGAGCAGAGACGACGCCCGACUGCUAGCUUAGCCAGCAGCCGCCGCCAUUAACAGCCGACGGCAGCUAAGCUAACAGUUACUAACGUUACUGCAGGCCUGUAGGCUUCAGGAGCUUAAUUUGACAGCUUUCGAUUUGUUUCUGGUUUCGGGUUAUCGUUAAGUUAUAAUACUAUUCAUAACAAUCAUUUAGCGUUUGUCUUUGACUCGAGCGAAAUCAUUUUACAUCGUGAAACCAAUGAGCAACUUUACCGCAAGCUAACCGACAGCUUGUGGCUAACAGUGCCCACAUCCUGCUUCCAGGGAAACAUUUAGGAUAACGCUGAAGAAGCAAAAACAAGGGCAACAAAGCUGAUCAAAGAUAAGUAAACAUGUCAUACAUAUCACUAAUAUAUACAAACCAGUGGAUGAAAAAUAAAUAAAUAAAUACAAGUAAAAAAAAGACACUUGAUUAGUUGAGCAAAAGAUAAAACAUAUUAAAUUUAAAUAUUAUUCAAAUUUUAAUUGUCGAAUAUGGGUGUCUGAUAACGUGUGUAUAUUAAUAUAUCAAUAAUUAUAAUUCAGUGACCUGAUUUUGGCAUGAGUCGUAAACAAAAUGACUUAUUUUACUUUUGGAAUCUUACGUAUAUUUUGAUGCUAGUGCUUUUGUUCUUUUACUUAAAGUAAAAUUUGGAGCAAGGAUUUCUGCAACCUCUGACUAACACUGGGAGGAAUGUUUUUCUGUCAAACUAUUUCGAUAUUUUCGAUGAACAGAACCAGAAUCAGAAUACUGAGAAAUUGUUGUGUUGCAGUGCUCUUCAGCCACUAGCGUGGUAUUUCAAGGUAGUAUGGAGAUGCUCAAAAGUACAACUUAAUCAAUGCGUAAUUUUCUGAAUUAAAGCCGUCAAAAUGAUACAUAGAUGAGUAAGGUUCCUUGUGAACAUUUGUAAUUGAUUGUUUUACUCAGAGUCCCUGAAUGCAUCAAGCUGUUGACGCAGCUUCCGACUCAGCCGUCAGUAGGCUUUGGUUUAUUUCAGCUGUAAAACCCCCGGUGUGAUGCAUUCACUGGCUCAGGAGAUCCAGGGAUUCUCCAAAAACCGCCUGAAGAAACAGUGCACCCGCGUUACCACAGUGACAGGCAGGAAGCUGCUGGAAAAGAGAAGCGAUGGUGGAGAUGGAGAGGUGGAGCAGGUAGAAGAGCUGGAGGAGGGAAGUGGAUGUGGAUUUGUUGAAGAUAAAAGUCUGGACCUUCAAGUUGGUGUUGUUAGACCCUUCCUACUGCUGGCCUCUCAGGAUGCAGCCCACGACAUUGACACCCUGCAGAGAUAUAAGGUGUCUCAUGUGCUAAAUGUGGCAUAUGGAGUCACUAACCUGUUCCCAGAUCAGCUGGUGUAUAAGACGCUCCAGAUCCUGGACCUCCCUGACACCGACAUCACUUCAUAUCUUGGGGAGUGCAGCUCCUUCAUAGAUCAGGCCCGAGAACAGGGUGGUGUGGCACUGGUCCACUGUAAUGCAGGAGUGUCACGCUGUUCCUCCAUUGUGAUUGGCUACCUAAUGUUGAGGGAGGGGCUGCCGUUUGACGAUGCGUACAGCCAGGUGAAGCUGGCAAGGCCCUCAGUUCGUCCCAACCCCGGCUUCUACCAGCAACUACAGAGCUACAAACCAUAAGGGAUUACAAAUCCAUUUUUCAGUAACAAAAAAAAGCCUUAAAGGACUCAUAUUUUAGUGUACCUCCAAACACUGGAGAGCUUUAGGGUAGCUUUUUAUCCCAUAUAUAUUUGUGGUGCUUUAGUUCUUUUUCAUGGUUUGUUUCAUUGUUGUGGAGAUUGUGAUGUUGAUGUUUACAUGAUAAUGGAAAUGUGGAAAUGUAGAUAGACAUUCACAUCAAAUCUCAUUGCUAAGUGUACGGAGGCUAUUUUUAAGUGUAAUCAUUUUCCUAUAUGUAUUCAACAUUGGAAACUGUAUUAUUUAUUGCCAUUAAAGACUAUGCAGUCUUUUUUCUGUAUGCCAAAUGCCCAGUGUGUGUCUGUGCGUGUGUUGAAUGUGUUGUAAAAUACAGUUAGUAAGUGAAAAACUCUGUUAAGAAACUCAUUAGAUUUGUUAAUUUCUCUGCUGCAUAGAUUGUUUUCUAAUUAAAGACAUACCAGUUUUGCUGAG